GUCCGAAUCAUACCGGCCGUGCUGAGUUGCGCGCGCAGCGAGAAGAAAAACUUCCCAGAAAUGGCGGAGGGUGCAACGACACUGAAAGUCUUGAGAGCCCAGAUGGCCGCAGCUGCACAAGCACAGGCGGAGGAGCGGCGCAGCUCGACAGGGAACAGUCCGGGACCUACAGACGACACACCAGCAAAGCCCCAAGGGUGCAAGCCAGUCAUUGACGGCUCCUCACUAAGAGUAGACGACCGACUGCGGGUGGCAAAAGAGAGGAGAGAGGAAGCAGAAAGACAACAGGCUUUACGAGAAUCUCAGAUAAUGGAGCGGGAGCGCAAGGCCAAACUGCAAGUUGAGCGCCAGCUGGAGGAGCGUCAGAAAAAGCUUGACGAGCAGCGAAGGAAGGAGGAGCAAAAGCGACUAGCUGUGGAGGAGAAGAGGAAGCAGAAGCAGGAAGAGGAAAAGGAGCAUUAUGAGGCAGUGAUGAGGCGAACCCUGGAGAGGAGCCAAAGAGUUGAACAGAGGCAGAAAAGAUGGUCCUGGGGAGGACUGUCCCCAGACCAGGACAGCCGAGCAGGAGAAUCUGAUGCCAGUGUGUCAUCUCCAGUAACUAUAGUUGUCUCCUCUGCCUCUCCAGAGAAGCCAGCGAGGAGUGCACAAGCUGACAAACGCUUUCCGUCCGCCACAAACCUGAAACAGCCUGAGGCUACCAUCAGCAAACGCUUAUCCUCCUCUGCCACCCUCAUCAAAUCUUCUGACAGAAGUGCUAAACCAAGGAGCUCAUCUUGUAACCGGUUGCCAAGCAAUGGCAAUGAUGCUCAGGCCGCUAAUGAAGAUGGUAAAAAGCUUCAGUCACAGCAGACAUGUGGACCAGGCCGUUCUAUGAAGAAGAGAAGUUCCUCCCUCUCGCGAGUAAGUGCCGGCAGAGCACACACCCCUGCCAAGCCCGAUAAAGGGACAACGGAUGAUCAAGCUCGCAGACUGCAGGCCGGUACUGUGGAUGGAGGGGUCCUUAGUCGCCUACUCACUCCCACCCAAGCCUCACUAGCUAGGAGCAAAAGCGCCGCUGUCCUGUCCGCUCAAGGAACAGAUGCUCCAGAGUGUCACCUGUGUCCUCGUUCAGCCUCCGCCAGUCCUCUGCCCGCGCCGCGCGGACCGGUACGCAGCCGCAGCAUCGACCGGCAAAAAAAGAGCGGCAUGACCACGUCUGUUUCGGCCGACGGAGCCCUCGACCCUUCUCUGAAGGAGAAGUCCUCUGCGUCAGCAGGAGGCAAACGGCCUUCUUCUCCGUCUACAACCCUUGUGCGUAACCGUUCACCGUCUCCAGCCCCUAAUCCAGCUCCAAAGAGGACCCCUUCCCCAUCAACAGCUAAGCAAAGUCCCAAGAUGCGGCCGCCCUCACCAGGUGCAAUGAAACAGCGUCCCCCGUCUCCUCAACCCACAUCAGCAAAGCCCCCACCGAUUCAGAAACCCCUACUCACACCAACUGGCCCCCCAACCUUAAGAAAAAGAGACCCCAAGCCCAAAGAUCACCAAGGAUCUCCAACUCCUGUUCAGGCUUUGGCUCCACAGUCCUCUGAUGCCAGCAAGACCAAAGAGAAAGACGAGUCAAAGGGCGGGACAGGCACCAACUCAGCUGCUGAGGCAGCUAAGAUCCUGGCAGAGAACCGCAGACUGAUGCGAGAGCAGAAGGAGCGAGAGGAGCAGCUGAGGAUACAGAGAGAGGAGGAGGAGAAGCUGAGAAAGGAGGAAGAGAAACGUCAGGAAGAAGAGGCUCGACUAAAGCGCCUGGAGGAGGAGAAGAAGCUUGCAGAGGAAAGAAAAAUCAAGGAGGAGGAAGACGCUCGCCGGGCAGAGGAGGAGAAGGUCAGGCUGGCGGAAGAGGAAGCGCAAAAACAGGCAGAGCUCCAGAAGGAGCGAGAGGAGGCCGAGGCCAAAGCCCUGGAAGAAGCAGAAAGAGUCCGAGUGGAGAGAGAACGCAUUAUGCAGCGGAACCAACAAGAACGAAUGGAGAGGAAAAAGAGAAUUGAGGAAAUAAUGAAGAGAACUAGAAAAGGGGACCAAGGAGACCUAAAGAAGGAUGAUGAUGAUAAAAGUGGACAGGAGAAUGAAGAUGGAGAGGAAGAUGAAGAUGGAAUGGAGCAGAUAAACUGUGAAAGCCAAACAGACGACAUGGAGAAGGACGCCGACGGCGAUGAACUGAACCCUGAGGAGCCUGUGAUGAGCCAGCAGCUGUGCAGCAUGAACGGAGAACCAGAGACGGAGGACAAGGAGAACAACAACGGCACAGAAGAGACGCAGGCCGUGAGUCCAGUUCCUAAGGACCGCCUCAUUGAGGGCUCGGAGUUCUUGAACGACUCCACCAAAGCCGGCUUGGUCUCCAGCCUCAACGGGAAAUCUAACCAGUGGAGCUUUGAGGAGCUCAUCGAUGUUCAUUCCAAGCCUCGGCCCCUGAUGGAGGCAGAGGACUGUAAGCAGGACUUAAUCAACUGCGAUGGAAGCUCAGAUGGGACAAAAGUGGCCUUUGAAGACAAGGCGUCCCCCCUGAACACGCUGCAUUCCUCUCAUCAACCCAUAGAAGCCACGUCAGAUAUUUGACACUGCGCUCAUCAGAAACCUCUGGAAGUUGCACUCCUAAAGUUUUUUUCCUAGUCGAGUUCCUUUAAAAAAUCUACUGUGUGCUCCAAACAUCUUCCUCUCCUUCCCAUGGGAGUAGCACAUGAUGAAUUGGAAAUACCACCCCAAGUGCUUCAUAUCCCUCCUGCACAAUGAGGAAACGCAUUUACCAACUUUAUAUUUAAACAAAUAUCUGCUUCAGGGAAAAAUGCAUGUUUCUCCAGCUUUCUGGCUCCAGGUCUCUGUCAGUGUUUUGUUUAAUACUUGGGAGGAUUUUUGUCAGUUAUUUGUUAUUUUAAUUUAUUCAUUUUUGUCCUCCUUUUUUUCCUCUUGCGUGUCGUUUCCAGAACACGUGCACAUUGGGCCGUGUGGUUUGUGAAUCCUUGGAGCUCCGAUGUUCUGGUCUAAUGUCAAACGUUUCGCAUGCGGUUUAAUCAAAUGUACUUGACUGGCUGCUCGUUUUCGCAGCAUCAUGGCCUUAACCCAACCCCCUUCUGGUUUGUCAGUGCGUAGAAAACAAAUUGGGUCUGUUCCGUCUCUCCUGUCAUGUGCUUUUGCCCGGUUCCGAGUCAUGCUUUAGUUCACGCGGUAUUUUUCCUCCCUCAAAUUGUGCUUUUUUUUUGUUUUGUUUUUUUUUUUACUUCCUGUCGUAUCAUCUUUGCUUAGCUCCUAAAAGGUUUUAUAAACACAAAGGUGACAUUUUUUGGUUAAUUUUUUGGUUUAUUGCAAGACUUCUUCAAAUUCAGCUGUGUGUUUGUUGUUAGGGUUUAACGUUCAGUCUUUAUCCUUUUCUUUUGACAUUUGUACAUAUUAUUAAUGUUUACUAACAUCAUCGAAGUCACACAACAGUCUUUGGCAAGUGAUAUCCUCCCAACAGUUGUGGUGCUCAUACCUGUAACAUCCAGGUCCAAUGAGUGGAAAGCUGCUGGGCAUCCUCACAUUUAAUUUGACUGCUUUGUAAAAAAGAUGUUCCUCUCUCCCACUAACCCGCCCUUACUAGCUGCUACUUGACAAAUGCAUUUCAUCUAUUUUAGAACAUAGACGUUAUCUGUUUGUUUGUAUAGUAAAACACAUUUCUACUUUUAUUUAAGUGGUAUUAUAUUGUGUAUAUAAUCAGUAUUAGGCAGAAAAAGCCAUAGGUAGGAUGGAGUGACUCAGGUUGUGGAUGAUUGCAGUUUCUGUUACUGAGUUUUUCCCUUCUUAGCGUGUCCAGUGAGGUGACCGGUUUGUCAGGUUGGGUUUAUGCAGCCAGGAAGUCGAUACGCAACAGUCACCUCCCACGGCAAAAGCCCUGUGAGUGGGAAUCCUGAACAAAUGUCCUCAUAUGGGGGGUGUGGGGCGAGCAGCCCCCCACUGUCUUUGUGUGACCUUUCGCUCUGCGUGAAGCUGCUGAGGUCGAUGGUGAUGCGUCUGGAAAAGCUCUGGUUGUGUCUCCUAGCUUGUUUCAUGUCAGCAACCAGGAUGUGGGGAUGAAUGUUACAGGUGGAAUGUCUGCUCAGGUUUCAUCUGUUCUACUGUAGGACAAGGAGGUCACUUGGAUUAAAAGACACUUGGUGUUUUUUAUUCUUCCUUGAGUUUUGUUUUUUAUAAACUAUAAAUUGUUCAAAUUUCUUUUGUUGAAAAGCACAAGCGUGAGUUUUCUGGGACCUUGACUUUUGCCUUGUUCUCUGUUGGCUAAAUACCUAAAACUCUUGUACAUGAAGACUCUGGGCCUUCAUCAUCUUAGCUUUGACUGAGCCCAUAGAAUGUAACAGUCUCCACAUACCAGCCUGCAUUCUUAAUCAAAGGUUUCUGAGCUUUUAAGCUUUUAUCAUCCAUACGUUAUUCCUCCUGGAAACACACGGCUGCGCUGUCACUGAUUGUUACCAAGGAGCAGCUAAUGUAAAGACUUUAGCAGAGUUCUAAUAUUUCAUGCAGAAGGUCGUUCAUCUGUGGCUGAGACUUCAUGUUCUCUGUCGUAACCCUACACUUGCACGUUCUCAUGUUCCUCCUCGUUUUUUCUUUCUGCUCAUGAGUUCCUGUUAGCAGGUUUCUGUAGCUGCUGCUUAAACACACUUUAGGUCCUGCUGCGUUUUUUGGGGACUAAAUUCAGCUGACGACUCUUUUUAGUCACAACAGGAUAGAACAGUGCCUUAGACAAAGGUUUAGUAAUGUGUCGUCUAUAAAGCAUGCCCUUACCUCGACCUUGACAAUCAGUCUGCUCCAGCAGGAACUCUGUGAAUAUGAAUAUUCCUUUGAAAGAUUUGGUGAUAACCCCAUGUCACAAUGACAAUUGUACAGUAAAUAUAUCUGAAGAGAUGAUCCAGACUGUUAAACAAUAAAGUGUUGAAAAUGAA